UUUUGAUAGGGGAAUGGGAGGGGCUGCGGGAGCCUGCGGGAGGCUGGGGUCCCCUGCCCCCAGGGGUCAGCUGGGGCCCUCGGGGGUUGCCCGGGGCCCUCGGGGGUUGCCCGAGACCCCCUGGGAUCAGCUGGGUUCCUCUGGGGUCACCCGGGAUCAGCUGGGGCUCUCUGGGUGAUUUCCGGAGUCUGGAGAGGUCCUGGUCGGCUGGAAGCUGGCAAAUGCUGUCCCAGUUUUCAAGAAGGAUGUGCAGGGCCAGGCAGAACUGCGGGAAGCAUGGGCACAGCUGGUGGCAGCCCGGGCCUCUCUGCUGCCUGACCCCAGUGGACUACCUGGCACGGGAGGCGAGGGGAGGAUCCUACUGGAUUGGGCUGGUGGCCACAGGCCCCGGAGGCUCCUGGCGCUGGGUGGACAGGGCUGCCUACUCGCAGGCCCAGAGUUUCUGGGCACCGGGGCAGCCAGACAGGACGGACUAUGGGCCAUGGGGCCAGGAGAGCUGCGCCCAGAUCCACCCCGUGGGCAACGGCCUCUGGAAUGACCAUAACUGCAACUUCACCUUCCCCUGGAUCUGCAAGAAGGGACCUGAGUGUGACCUGACGCCGGCCACACUGCCAGCCCCACACCCCACGCCCCCGUGCCAGAUGAGCCCCCCGGGGACCCCCUCUCCCCCCUGGGGCAGGGCAGCUCCCAGGCAAGCCCCCAUGCCGUGCCGCCGCUGCCACCAGUGCUCCGGACCCUGGCACCAUCCUGUGGCACUGAGAGCCCUUUGCUCAGCUCUGAUUAAACUGCCCCUGCUGCACCUCCUCUGGCUGCCUCUCGCCCUCCCCGCCGAGGGGGCGUUGACUCCACGGCCCCCACAGACCCCUGGCACACGGUGAAGCCCCCCCCACAAGGCCCUCUGCCCGGCCCAGCCCACUUUGGGGACCUUUGCUGGCAUCAACCACGGUGCCACAGCUCUCACAUCAUGGGGGUCCCACAAGUGCCGCAGGAGGGACAGACCCAGCUCCUCACCCUGUGAGCAUGGUGGGAGGGGGUGGUGGGACCCCCCCUGUGCCUGCUGCUCCCACCGGUGUGCCUGGCUGCAUCCCACUCAGCAUCACGGCCAGAGACGUGCCGUGGCUGCAGCCUGGUGUCACCGGUGCCUGGUAUUGCUCCCCAGGCGCUUCAGCUUCACCGGUGUGGUUAUGGACGGAAGGAGUUUGGGGUCCUCUCCCCCCGGCAGCCCCUCCGCAGGGCCAGGCAGCACCCACCCCAUCCCUGGCACCCCAGCAGUGGCAGGAGAGCUGGGCAGACCGGCUCCUGGCUCCCCAGCUCUGCCAGCACCCAGAAACUGCCAGGGCAGGACCCUGCUGUGCCCUGCACACAGGUGCUGGCUCCUGCCACCUCCCAAGGUGUCACACAUGUCCCCUGGCCCCCAGCAGCAUUGUCUGGUGACAACCAACUCCCUGAUGCCACGUCCUGCCUUGCCGCCUGUUCAUUUAACCCCCCACCCCGGUGACCCUGAUGCACCAGGGGCGGUUGUACCCUGCCAGCUGCCCUGUCCCCCCACAAGGUCCCUCCUGUCGCCUCAUCUCUGCCAUUCCGACCCACAGCAGAGAGGACCCACACUCUGCCCCCCAGCCCCCACAGCACUCAGCUGGAGAAACCCCACUCCGGGGUCCCUGGUGCGGACGGGACAGAGGAACCCAGCGCCCAUCCGUCUUGCAGGCUGGCAGGCAAGAGUUUUGGAGAAACCGGGGAGAACCAUCUUUUUUUUUUUGACAUCCACUUGCAGCCCCGUGGAGCCGCUGUCCUGCGCACAUGAAGCCAUCUCAGCUCCAGGGAGAUUUUUAUGGGGAUAGCUAUUCGCACUCCCCAGCCCUCCCAUGAUGGCAGUAGGAUAAAUGGGUUUAAAACCUGC